AAGUAUCAUAAAAAAGUGUACUGCUAGAUUUAAAUCUAGACUCUAGAAGUCUAGUUAGUGUCAAUGUUCUUGGGUUCGCAUAGUAUUACUUUACUAAAAUCCAGAUCUAGAUAUAUCUAAAUAGUUUAUUUUCUUUGCUGCAUACUAUGACAAUGCUUUCAGCAUACACAAGAUUCAGCUCUGCUUUGUUUAAAUUUAGUUUUAAUAAAAAUGCAUUACGUUCUUUAUCACGAUUUUCAUCAACCGAGUCAAUAGAAGUAGAAGCAGAGUCCAAGUCCAAAGAUGAAAGGUCCAAUCUGGCAGCUCCAAUACCAGUUUAUGAAUUAAGAAUUUAUCAAAUCUUUCCUAAGGAUUUCAGGAAAGUUGUUGAAUUAUUCCAGAAACACAUUACAGUUCGCACAAAGCAUUCAAAACUAGUAGGAUUUUGGAAUGGGGAAAUAGGAGGCACUAUCACUCAGCUUAUACACAUCUGGGAGUAUGACAGUUUAAGUCAUCGUAGAAAAGUUCGAAACUCAAUGAUGGAAGACAAGACAUGGACUACAGUGUUUUUACCUCAGUUAUUGCCCUGCAUGGAUACCUGGACAAACUGCAUCAUGGGAUUGGUGCCCAAUACUAAACUCAAUUUAGAUUUCCCACAAGAGGCUGGAGCUGUUUAUAUGCUGGAAACUGUGAAGAAUGCAAACAUAACUAAAAAGGUUAUUAGUCCUGUCAAAGGUGAACAUCUUGUGGGUAGAUUUAUUGGAAUGCUAGGACCAUUAUGUACAGAGUAUAGACUUUGGCGGUACCAGACUAUUGACAUAAUGCUGCAUGCUGCUUGGAACAAACAAUUAGAUAUGCAUUAUAGUCAUUCCCAUGAUACAGCAGGCAGUGCUGUUUUACUUUAUCCUCUUGGAUUCUCUCCAUUACACUAAUUAGUCAAUGAUAAGUUUAUUAGUUUUUUGACAAUAUAUUUUGUUUCAUGCUUUUGUUUUGUAAGCAAUAUGUUUUUAUAAAGGGAUAUAUGAAAUAAUAAAUGAAGGCUAUGUUUUCAAGCUAUUCUAUAUCAAUAUUGACUACGACACACUAGAAAGAGUUGAAUUUCAGAGCAAUGGAAAAAGAGUUUCUGGUAAUUAUUGCAUUUAUUAUAAAACACUUUUUGAGUGUCUUUACUUCCUUUUACACUGGUAACCUCUAACUACUAAUGAGGUGACAAGACUUUACACUUGUAAUCUAUAAUUACUAUUGAUAGGGUAAAGAGACUUUAUGCUGUUAACCUAAAAUUAGUAAUGAUAGGGUGAUGAGACUUUGGUAACCUUUAAUUACUACUGACAGAGUGGCAAAGUACACAUGCAUAUGUUCUAAGUAUGAAUGAUGAAAUGGUAGCACUAGAAAACCAUUAUUUAUAACAGUGUUUCCCAAACUUUUGACCUAUGUGUACCCAUUCUAUAAUUUUUGAAAUGCUGAUGUAAUCACAUCCCCUCCCCAAAUUAAAAUAAAUAACAAUCAAAAUAUAUUUUUGGCACAUAACACUAAAUAAUAAUAAUUGAAAAAUAACAAAAUAUUUUUACAAGUUAUAUUAUCAAUAACAUUUAUUUGGAUUAAUUAGUUGGAUUAAUUAGAAAGAUGAAAUAGUUUGUGCUGAGAAGACAGAUCAUCAAAAUUUAGUUCCCUGGUUGUUAAUUUUUAAUCUAAGAUGCAUUUCCAUGUCCAAUAGCAUGUUCUUGUUUUUGUCAUAAUGUUACAUGCUGCUACAUAAAAAAGAAGUUAGAAAAGUCAAAUUCUAUUUCGGAACUUUAACUGUUAAAACUUAACUAAAACCUAAUAAUGUUUAUUUUUUUUAAAGAAACCCUUUGAAGCUAAUUCCUACAGUUGCUCUUCUGCAUGCAACAAACCUUCUGGCAUAGAUGUUAUAUCAAUGAUAAAGGGUAUCCACUCCAUAUUUGUAUUUCAAUCAGGGAAAUAGUUUUCAAGGUCAAUUGUAAACUCUUCGAAUGCUGUGUUAUGCAUUUCAGAGUAUCAGUGUCAAUUUUAGUUGCCAAACUUAUUAUAAACUUAUGAAGAGAUGAAAACGAGUUUUCUUCUCCUUUACCAACUAAACUUUUACCAUAAAUUUAGUUUUGCAAUGCCUUCACUUUAUCUUAAACAUGAAACAAUGACAUUUCAUUGCCUUAUAAUGAUAAAUUAUAGGCAAUUUAAAACAGAGUAAGCCAAUUUAUCUGCCUAGUAUGCAAAUUUGCAAAGUAAUUUUCAUAUGAACAAUUUCUCAACUGAAAUCUCUCAUUAAGAAAACCUUGAUGUUCAUGUCAAUGUUCCAACAAGCGAUUUAGAAUUUUUCCUCAAGCUAGCCAGAGACUAUCAGUUGGAAGAAGAAGCUGUGUUUUACUACUUCCCAUUUCUUCAUGUUUUCCAAACCAGCUGUGCAUUCAUUACAUAAACAUUGUUCUAAUUUGUUUAUUUAAGCUGAAAUGUUUUUUUUUACAUAUUGUUCUUAUACAACUUUUAUAUUUCUUAGAUAAUUUAGACUAAACCAUAUAAAUUCAACAUACUAUUUUGAAUAAUUUAUGAUAAAUAUAUUACCGUAAUAUGUUAAUCCAGAAGUGCAUUUAUCAUUUUUAUUUUACAAUUACAAUGCAUUUAUUAUAUUGCUUUGAAAUCAGAAUGAGAGUUCUAUAUUUGAAUGAUCAAAUAAAUUGUUGCCUAUUCUUGUCCUCA